AUGGAUAACAAAGGUACAGUGACUAAGAGGAAAAUUGAUAAAGUUGAAGAGGAAGAAGUUUUUGAUAUUUCAGUGAAAGGCAAAAGGGAAAAGAAAUCGAAGAAGGACAAGAAGGAUAAGAAGAGUAAGAAGGAUAAGAAAGUCAAAAAACCUGCUAAAGAUAGGAAGCUAAAGUUGGAGCGGAAGUUAAAAAAGCAUAAAAAACAAACAAAGGGUUAUACUGAGGAUGUCAAGCAUGGAGAAGGAGAUGAUCCAGUAGAGGUAUUUUCAAAAUCAAAAAAAAGCCAAAGCCUUUCAAAACCUAAUCCUGCCUCUGACGAACCUAGUGAAAUACAAGAAGGGUCAGACCGUUCUGGAGCCAUAGGGGCUGACGACACUUUUUUGACGCCGUACACUUAUUCGGAAGCCAUCCAGUUGGAGUAUGCAGUUACCAAAUUCAUAGAUUCGUAUAAGCGUAUUAUCGAGUUAUCCCCGAAUUUUGCUGCUUAUGCAGACACUGUAAACAACCAGGAGAAGAUUGACAUUGAGCUCCUCCCGAUUCUAUCAAGAUACAAACUAAAAUUGGCUGCAGAACUCAAAUCUUUGCAUAUGGAGAACGGAUCACCAGCCUUCACAGAAUUAUUGAACUAUGAAAAAAAGUUUGCAAGGCCUGAUAAUAGACCAUUAAUUGGUGAACUUCAACAAGAACAUCUAGCAUCAGGUAUCGAGUAUGACGCUAGUAAAACUAAAAAGUUGGAAGUAUUAACUAAUGACGACAGGCAUGAUGAAAAUAACAUCAAUAAUGCGCAGUCGUCCGCAGAAAAUACCUCUUUAUUGCAUAGUACUGAGUCAGUUUCCACUGAUAAAUCAGUCUGGCCACCUCAAAUACCUGAAAUAAAAAACCCCGCCCUCAAAGCUCGCGUUUUUAUUCAUAAGUCUACUAUUAAUGAUAAAUUAUUUCUAACCGAAGAGGAAAUGCUACAUGCCCAUAAUGAGAGGUUAGAAUUCAUGGGGGACUCCGUCUUGAAUGCCCUUGUUACAAAUAUCAUUUACAAUCAAUUUCCGCAAUACGGCGAUGGUCAGCUCUCUAAGUUGAGAAUAGAACUUGUCAAUAAUGAGAGAUUGAAAGAAUGGGCCUCAAUGUAUGGUUUAGAUAAGAAGCUGAGAUUUAAGGAGCUGUCUGAACGAGCUCGAAGCAAGUUUUUGAAUGGUAAACAAAAACUACACGCAGACGUUUUUGAAGCAUACAUAGGUGCAUUGAUGGAAGAAGAUCCAAAAGGUAACUUAUUGAAUAUUAGAGAAUGGUUAAGGAAGCUGGUUCAACCAACAAUAAACGAUGUCACUAAAAAAGAAGUUAGUCUCGAAGAAACAAAUGAGCUUGAUAUCAAUGCCAAAAGACGUUUGUAUUCAUUAAUUGGUUAUGCUGCUCUGAAGUUACAGUAUGUCACUGUUCAAAAACCCACUAAAAAUGAUCCUAACUGUAUUGUGGAGUGUAGAAUUGGGGAUGGAACGAUACUCGGGAAAGGUAUUGCUAGAAACAUGAAACUUGCCGGAAUUAAAGCUGCUGAAGAUGUUUUAAGCAAGAAGGAUAUAGUCGAAAAAUAUGCCAAUAUUCGUGCAUCAAUUCCUAGGUCGGAAUCAGUAGUCAGUAACAACUCCUUUCCUAAUAAAAGGCGCAAGGUAAGUGCGUCUGCUUCUAAUGACAGCGAGCAGAAUGAGAGAGAUACCCAAAGAGUAUUUUUCCAAAAGGAGUCGGACUUUCCGAGCACUCCAACAACAAACCCGGAUAGUCUACAAGCACCUGAUAUUUGUUCCGAAGAAAUAUCGCUGCUACAGGUUGUCAAGAAGGGUAAAAUCACAUUGGGACCUGACGGAGAUUUCAACUUGAGCUAG